GAUAUAAUAUUGUUAUAUCGGCAUUCAAGGUUAAAACAUGAAGUUAACCUUACUGGGUCUGUUCUGUGCAGUGUGCAGUUAACCAUUUGGAACCACCAACGCUAGAAGUGUUUAACAAGGUUUAAUAUUAUUGUUUAAAAGUAAAUAAUGAAGUUAAUGAGCAGUAUUUUUUUAUUGAUAAGCUCACAGUUUUUGGGAAUUGAUCUUUUAACAGUUGAUGAAUGCUCUUGCAUUGUUAAGGAUAAUUUAGAUGAAAAUUCAUUAAAUAAAUUAAGUAAAGAGAUUGUUCCUGAAUUAGAUGGAACUAGGAAGGGAGAAGCUGGAAAAAUUGGAGUUAUUGGAGGUUCUGUAGAAUAUACUGGAGCACCAUAUUUUGCGGCUAUAUCAGCUUUAAAGGUUGGGGCAGAUUUGGUUACUGUGAUCACAACAGAAAAUGCAGCACCAGUUAUUAAAUCAUACAGCCCAGAUCUUAUUGUCAUUCCACAUACUUCCAUAAAUAUUAGCUCUAUACUGCCUAGUUUGCAUGUUGUUGUUAUUGGGCCAGGUCUAGGCAGAUCACCAGAAGCAUUAAACCUAGUCUACGAAAUAAUUAAAGUUUGUAAGGAAUUGCGAAAACCCUUGGUCAUUGAUGCAGAUGGACUGUAUGCAAUCCAUAAAAAUGUACUAAUACUGAAAGAUUAUCCAAAACCUGGUGCAAUUCUAACACCUAAUGGAGUGGAAGUAAACAGGUUGAAAGAGUCUGUUCCGGAAAGUGAUGAACCUUGGUAUAAAUAUUGGGGCAGUUAUGUUACUAUUUUGCAAAAGGGUGAAAAGGACAUGUAUUUUUCAAACAAUGGCGCAUUUGACUGGUCUCUAAAAGAAGGAGGUUCUGGUAGACGUGCUGGUGGUCAAGGAGAUAUUUUGGCAGGUGCGUUGGGGACAUUUUUUAAUUGGGGACUGAAGGCCAAUCUAUGCGAAGGCACCGAAUCUUCACAAGUGGCACAAAGUGUGGCGGCAUACGCAGCGGCUAAGCUUACGAGAGCUUGUAAUUCGAAGGCUUUUGAAAUAUAUGGCAGAAGUAUGCUUGCUUCAAACAUGUUAAAUGAAAUACAUUCAGCAUUUGAUGAUUUAUUUUCUUAAUAAUAAAUGAUAUUUUUGUGCAUU